CAGGGUUACAGCAUUAGCGGGGGGUUUAAGCAUGCCCAGAGAGAGCUAGAAAUGCACGGUGGUUGGACAAGAACUUAGGAAACCCUGUAUUUGUGUGUAACUUGAAACCAAACUAACAGCCCUGCUAGAGACCUGGGUCCAGAUUGACUUAAAUCCAAAAAAGACAACGUCUGAGGCCACAAACCGAGAACGGCAGUUGGCUGCUGUGGAUUUUCUGUUUUGGGCGUUCUUGCCCUCCUGCUUGGACCCCUUCGGACAUGGAGACUCAACAGUCCCAGACUAUGGAGGACCCCAAGACUAAAGAAGAAGAGCUAGCCAAGGCCAUAAUGGCUCGCAGUUUCCACCCCUCUGUCAUCGGCUCAGAGGCCUGGGAGGGGUAUGUGUUCUCUGGUCUGGAGAUCCGCAUCAAAGAGUCCACAGAUGUCUAUGGAGCUGUACUCUGGCCCUCGGCAAUGGUGUUGUGUCAUUUCUUGGAGACCAACCGAGACAAAUACAACCUGACAGACAAAAACGUGAUUGAACUGGGUGCAGGGACUGGACUUGUCACCAUUGUAUCCAGCCUGUUAGGUGCUAAGGUGACCUCCACUGACCUCCCAGAUGUAAUGGGGAACCUCCGGUACAAUGUUAUGCGCAACACCAAGGACCGAUGCAAGUACAUCCCUCUGGUGACUGAGCUCACCUGGGGUCAGGAGGUGGAGCAGCGUUUCCCACGUGCCACGCAUUGUUUCGACUACAUCCUGGCGGCUGACGUGGUUUACGCCCACCCUUACCUGGACGAGCUGAUGGACACCUUUGACUACCUGUGCCAGGAAAACACACAGAUCCUCUGGGCUAUGCGUUUCCGUCUGGACCCAGAGAACAGCUUUGUGGAUCGCUUCCGGCAGCGGUUCCACUUGGAGGAGCUGUAUGACCUGAGGACGAGCCUGAGCAUCAAACUGUACCGAGCCUGGAGGAAAGACAAGACGUCCAAAGACCAAGGAGAGGCUGCUGCCUGAACUGUGAAAACAGACAGAGAACUCUUUGAACUGUGAGCUGCUGAAUUGGGUCAAAUUUGUACAUCGUUUAAUGGGAAUGAGUUUAACAGCCAAUGCUAAUUGUUAUCGUAUAAAUGUCUUAAUAUCUCUUUUACAUUGAGACCGUUCAUCAUUGUUUGAUGUGCCAAGUAGUUGUGAUCUGUGUUUUUGCACAUUGUAUUAUAUUAUUUAAGGUAUUUACUGGUGUAUUUAUCUUUGUCUACUUGACACAUUUCAAUGUAAUACAGUACCAUUUAACAACAUGACCUCAUCUGCUGCAGAGCUGUUGCUUUGCACUUCAGUGUACUUCAAUAAACUGGCAACUCUGAA